CGUGAUAAAUGCAGGAGCUGGCUCUGAAUCCCGUAGUUUCUCACCAGGGAAGGACAUCCCUGCAGCAGGUUAGUGCCACCUGAAUAACAUAAUUACUACACGCUGCUGUGUGCUCCCCCUGAGCUGCACUGCUGCCUGCCACACGGAGACCAGGAGGCUCCGCUGCUGCUUCUCCUCCGCCGCUGAGGUGAGCCUGCUCCCCGUCCCCUCCUCCUCCUCCUCCUCCUCCUCCGGUUCUCCCCGGAGCAGAAUGCGCUGAUCUCCGCUCAGUCUGUGGAAGGAUGAUGUCUGUCGUCUCCACUGUGGAGAGCGUUCCCAGAGGUACGGGCACCCCGGCGCCGAGCCUUUACCAGCGGAUCAGGAGGGUCUUAACCAGGGACCUGUUGGUGACCCUGGCCCUGGGUCAGGUCCUGUCCUUGUUGAUUUGUGCCAUCAGUCUGACCAGCAAGUACCUGGCCGAUGACUUCCACGCUAACACGCCUGUGUUCCAGAGCUUUCUCAACUACAUCCUGCUGUUUCUGGUCUACACCACCACACUGGCAGUCAGGCAAGGGGAAGGGAACCUGCUUGCAAUUCUGAAGCAGCGCUGGUGGAAAUACAUGAUUCUGGGUUUGAUAGACAUCGAGGCCAACUACCUGGUGCUUAAAGCUUACCAGUACACUACACUCUCCAGUGUACAGCUGUUGGACUGUUUUGUCAUCCCAGUGGUCCUGCUGCUGUCCUGGUUCUUUCUUUUGGUGAGGUACAAGGCUGUCCACUUUGUCGGGGCAGGGCUGUGUCUGCUGGGUGUUGGCUGCAUGGUGGGAGCUGACAUCCUGCUCGGUCGGCAGCAAGGCCUUGGAGAACAGAAGCUGUUUGGGGACCUUUUGGUUCUGGGAGGAGCAACACUGUACGGGAUCUCCAAUGUCUGUGAGGAGUUCAUCGUGAAGAAUCUGAGCCGUGUGGAGUUCCUGGGCAUGAUGGGACUCUUCGGAUCUUUCUUCAGUGGCAUCCAGCUGGCCAUCAUGGAACACAAGGAGCUGCUGAAGGUACCCUGGGAUUGGCAGAUAGGUCUUUUGUACAUUGGUUUCAGUGCCUUCAUGUUCGGCCUGUACAGCUUCAUGCCGGUGGUGAUGAAGAGAACGAGCGCCACCUCAGUCAAUCUCUCCCUGCUCACUGCUGACCUGUACAGCUUCUUCUGUGGCCUCUUCCUCUUUCACUACAAGUUUUCUGGCCUCUAUAUAUUGUCAUUCUUCAUCAUCAUCUUGGGCCUGGUCCUUUACGCCACCUCGUCUACCUAUGUGGCCCAGGAUCCGCGAGUCUACAAGCAGUUCAGGAACACAGGCGGCCAGCUGGUCACUGACCAGCCCCAGCUCGGUACUGGAGUCCUGGAGCCGUCCGUCACCUACACCAGCCUGGGUCCUGAGGCGGCAGACGAGCUUCCUGUGCGUGUAGCCUAAGCUCUGGGAGGGAGUUUAGUCUGUCAGCCUGGUGGAUCAGUGAGUCAGCUGCAGCCUCUAGGUUCUGCCCACAGUUGUAUACAGAGAAGCAGGGCAGCAGGGCAGCUGGGUGAUCACCCAGGUACGUCCAGGUUUUCGUUUUAUGGCCUGUUUUGGGGGACACAGUCUCUCCACCCUGACCACGUUAAGAAAAAUUCAUGUAUCCACAAUUUGUACCUGAAAAAUGAAUGAGCAGAAUGUCAUUAAAACAAAUAGCAGAGUGAAACUGUUGAGUUCACUGUGAUCAAGGACUGUGAGUAGACAGUAGUGACUGAAAAUGAUCAUUCAUGUAAAUAGAUGAUAUUGUAAUUUUACUGUAUUUAAUCUCCUGCUUUCUUUUUAUAUCUGUCAAGAAUGUUUGUGCUCUAUACCUGUGUAUAUGCUAAAGUAUGAUUUUAUUUCUUAUUAUUUGAUUGGAAUCUACAGUGUUUCUAAAUCUACCCGCGCAAAUCCUAUGAGGAGCUCAGUAAGUAAUACACAGACUGGAGCCAGUUAAUACUUUCAAAGCAGUGGGACAUGAGGGGAAUUAAAGUCUCCCUACAGUUCGAUGAAUUUAUUUACCAACUUUGUAUCACACAAACCCUCGCUGGUGUGUAAAUGCAUCAGGGCUGUAGCUGCCAACUGAAGCUAUGGAAGGUUUGUCCUCUGAUGUUUUAUAGGCUGGAACAAAUGUAUUUACACUUAAGAUUUAUAAGUUUAACUAUUUUUAAACCAAAAAAGCAUCCUGACGGGGUGAAGAGAAGAGGCUUUAAAACAGCAUUUAGACCUUAUUCUUGAGAAAUGGAAAUAGUACAAAUUAAAGACUUUAUUUUGGGGUCUGGUCAGGUGGUGGCGUUGGGGCUAUCAUUUAGGUGAAUUACGAUUUAUGACCUGAGCAUUUUUGGAUUCCUGGCUACAACCCUCUAUUACUUCUUCCUGUGAAACAAAAGGCUUUACGGGAGGAUUUACUGACAGUUAUACUCGAUCCUUCUUGGACCAGGAGCAGAUAAUCCAUGCUGUACUGACAUUGUGUGUAGAUUACUCCCUGUAGUCCCCCCUGGUACCCAACAAAGAUAACUCCUACUAUAGUACUAUUAGUUACCAGUGUGAUAUAAAGAAAGGUACUCUAGUAGUCUGGUAGAACAUCUUCAUGAAGUUGGGAGAUUUGAUAGUUUAAUAAAAAAUAAUUUGAAGAAGCAGAGGCAAGACAUACAGACUUUUAGUCCCUUAUUCAAACACUGGAUCUACACUUUCCAUAAUGCAACUUGAUAGUGUCCUUCAUAGAGUUGAGAACUAGGAGGAACUACUUUGGGCACCCCUGGCUCCAGAGAUUAAGGUCCUAUUUAUUUUUCCUAAAGAGAGUGUAAAAUUAUCAGUAAAAAAAGAUUAAUAACUAUGUUAAAAAACAUCUGCUUAUUUGAUAAAUAAGUUGAAGGCACAAGCCUGAGCACAUAAAAACCUUUAGCGGGACGUUAACUAUGACUCUCAAGGUGCAUUUUGGCUAGAAAUAUCAAAGCACUGAGCUUAAAAUUCUGUUAUGAGUGCCCCUUAUGGCACGUGGAAGCUAAAGAUGACAAUGUUGAGAAAGCUGAAAUCACAAACUACAGUUUAAAUCAAUUUUAUUUUAAAAUUCUGGUUGGAUAGUGGUGCGCAGCUGUGGAACCGCUGUGUUUCAGGCCACUGACUGCCUUUUCCUCACCCUAACGGUGGCCGAGGCUCAUGGUUAUUUAAACCCGUCUUUGAUGCUAAAAUGGGAAAUUGCGUUAUUAACGGAUACUUCUGUAUUGUCCAACCUGGACCUUCUUUUCUUUUCUUUUCUUUUCUUUUCUUUUUGUGUCUAAAUUACUACUGGGAACAACAAUUUUUAAACUAGUCCAGUAGUAAGUGGGACUGCUGCAGCCAGCAUCAGCAAAACAGGCUGCAAUGUAACUACUUGGGGCAUGUCCACACCGUCAAUGUACGUCCACUAAAAGUGCUUGUUUUCACCACUGACAGGCUCAGGUUGUUAUUCUAAGUUUCUGACAUCAUUAUAGAAAGGAUCCCUACAGAGAUAGACCUCUUUGUUGAAGAGUAAGAUCCUUUUUGUUUAACCAGAAACAGCCUCAAAAUCGCCAUCGCCAAACCCACCAGACCUCUUUCAAGUAGACACUAAUUUUAUUAUUGGAAACCACACUUCAUUUAGAGUCAACAGAAACAAAAUAAAAUUCACAGAAACCGUCUUAGUUGAUCUUUCCACUGCUCCGGCGAGUUUCAACUCUAGUUGGGUUGAAAUAAACCCUUGAUUAACCCAGUCAGAUGUGAAAAUAUGCCAUCUCUAUACACGCUAAAAUUACUGUUUAUUUAAAUGGAGUCUGGUGGAAUUGGGGAUGGUAAUUAAUGGGCUGGUUCUAGUUAAAACAAAAAGGAUCUUACUCUUCAACAAAAAGUUUGAUCUUUGCAGGGAUCCUAUCCAUUAUAUUGUCAGACACUUAAAAUAACAAUCAGCGGCUGUCCACACCAACACGGGUAUUUGUAAAACCGUGACUCUUUGUUCAUGGUUUGGCCUUUCAUCCACACGUAACCGCAGUUUUGGGCCCCUGUAACCAGAGUUAUUUGUAACCGGAGUCCAGGGUUGAGUCCUGCUAUUUAACAGCAUAUCAGCACUUUGUGGCUGUAUCAUACAACUAACGCUGCUAAACCACAUCCAGCAACAGAGAUGCAAGAGUGUCCUAUUACAGAGACUGCUCCUAAUGCAUAAUAGUAUGCUUGUUGUUGUUUUUCCGGUAAUGACGUUUUACUGCCUUCUGAUUGGCUACAAUGGCCAGUUAGGAGUUAUA